UCAAGCUGUUCCAGCUAGCCAUCAAUUUAUAGCUAAGAUACGUUUUGUUGGUUUUUAUGUUUUUAGUUCCUGCAAAAUGAUUCUAGUUCUUUUUUUUUUUAUUAUUCAAAAAGUAUAGGAUUUUUUCAAAGUCUCUCAUAGAGACCACAAAAAGCAAAUCCUGUUUAUCCGAUUAAAAUAAAUUUCAAAUCAAUUUUUAUGUAUAUUAUUAACAAAAGUUAAUAAAUUAAACUUAGUUCAUAAAAAAGUAAAUUAAGUUUAAAACCAUGUUUAGAACAAUUAAUGAAUAUUAGUAGGUAUUGCAUUAAGUAUAAAAAGUUUAUAAACAAAAACUAACAUAUAAAACUAAAAUUUAAUAUUAAAAAUUAUCAUAUAUAAUCAAGUUUAAAUAGUAAGUACUGUAAGAUUAAACUCAAUUAUAAGAUAUCUUAAUCAUACUUAAUCAGAUCGAGUAAUGUAAAUUACACUCAACAUUCUUUUUAUUUAAAUUAUUACUAAUUAAAAUUUGGAGAGGAAAUAGCGAAGCCCUUCUAAAGAAAAGGAAAAGCAGCCCUAGUUAAACGGAAGAAUUGGGCGGGAGUUUAAUUGAAGUCCGAUAUUUGCAGUAGCCAAGAGGAAAUGGAUUCGAAAUCCGUGAGGGAAUUCAUAAGAAAAGAAGUACCGGAUUGGGAUGACGAAUUGAUGGCCACGGCCCGAUUCAAAGCAUUUAGCGGUCAAAGAUCCGAUUGGGAACCCAAAUUCCAUUUCUGGAAAGAUUUGAUCAUCAAAAUCUCCCGCCACGUUGGUCUCUUCGUCAUUUCACCUUCCCAGGUAAAAAAUGAGUGGUUUAAUCGAGGAGGGUUGACUCCUUUGUGCCUUGAUCACGUACUGUUUGUGAUGUAUAAUGAAGGUGAAAUAACCCGAAUUUCGGACGUGGCGGAUCCUUAUAGCGGGAGAAUGUCUCAGCUGUUUAGGAAAGUGAAAGGUUUGAUGAAUAGAUCAACUAUGACUUCAGAAGGGAUUCUUCUUGAAGAUCGCGUCAUUCUUACAACAUUGCUAAAGGAAAGAGCUGAUGAGGUCGUUAAGUUUUUGUCUGAAAGUCAUUGGACUUUGUCUUGCAUUGUUACGAGGAAGAAGUUUGAGAGCAUGUGUGGAGGACAAGAGGAAGCGCAUGCAGUGUUGAGUUAUUUGUCAGGGUGUGGUAAAGGACAGUAUCUCUCGACCUAUAAGAAAGAAUUAAUUGAGGGCAUAAAAGUUUCCCUUUCAUCAGCAGUGGUUUCUAGUGUCUCGAGUUUAGAUUUUGACACUCUGCACCUGAUUUGGACUCAAGAAAAACUCCAGCAACAACUUGACAUGAUUGACCGACGCUGGGAAAAGUCAAGACAGUCCGCAUUAGUUUCUUUGAAAUCUGGGAACAAGAAAUUGGCCCUGAGACACGCAAGGGAGAUGAAGUUGGGCACUGAGAAUAGAGAAAAAUGUACCUCACUUCUGAACAGAGUGGAGGAAGUCUUAAGUGUUAUUGCAAAUGCUGAAUCAACAAAAAAGGUGACUGAAGCAAUCCAGAUUGGAGCGCGAGCAAUAAAGGAAAAUAAGAUCAGUGUGGAAGAAGUUCAGCUCUGCUUGGAAGAGCUUGAUGAGAGCAUUGAUUCACAGAAGCAAGUUGAAAUGGCGCUAGAAUCAGCUCCAUGCUCAGGCAUUGAGGAUGAAGAUAUUGAAGAGGAAUUCAGGAAAUUGGAGUUGGAAGUUGGAAAUGAAAACCUUAAGGAUCCGAUCUGUGAAGCUGCUGUUAGUGAUACGACAGGCUCUGAUGAAUCAUUGACUGAAGCUUUGUCAAAUCUAAAACUAGUGGAUGCUGCUCCCGAGGGAUCAGCAAUUCAGAAAUUUGGGGUACCAGCUAAGAACAAGGAUUCAAACAGCUCGAUGUUUGAAGCUGCAUAAAUAUCCAUCUGCUGUUUUGAUUAUGACCAUUUUGCGAUAACUGUCAAUCAUUUAAUGAACAGUGGUUAAUAGUCCAUCAAUUGAGCAUUUGGCUUAAUAGUCCACAUACGAUUUUUAAUUCAGAAUGUGAAUAUGCAAUGACGUCUUUUGAACUUA